CAUCGGAGAAAAUCUCGAUCGAAACCCUAGAAACUUUUAAUCCUCGUCUACUUCCUAAAAUUGGAACGCAGAAUUGGACGUUAGGGUUAGGGUUAGGGUUUUGGGGAGAGAGAGAGCAAUGGGAGCCGCGGGUUCGAAGCUCGAGAAGGUUUUUGGAGAUCAGUUCCCUGAAGGAGAAAGAUACUUUGGCCUCGAGAAUUUCGGAAACACUUGCUAUUGCAACAGCGUGCUCCAGGCACUCUAUUUUUGUGUUCCUUUCCGGGAACAGUUACUGGAGUAUUAUGCAAAUAACAAGAAUGUGGGGGAUGCUGGGGAGAAUCUUUUGACUUGUUUGGCAGAUCUGUUUACUCAGAUAAAUUCCCAGAAGAAGAAAACUGGUGUUAUUGCUCCAAAGAGAUUUGUACAAAGAGUAAAGAAAGAGAAUGAAGCAUUUCGAAGUUACAUGCACCAGGAUGCUCAUGAAUUUUUAAAUUUCUUGCUGAAUGUGCUUGUUGAUAUUCUGGAGAAAGGAUCAAAAGAUGCAAAAAGCACCCCUGAAACCAAGUCAACAUUAGAAAAGGUUACAGAUGGUCCAUGCCCUCCUCAAGCCAAUGGUUUUCAUAAAGAGCCUCUUAUUACUUGGGUUCAUGAGAACUUUCAGGGUAUAUUGACUAAUGAAACAAGAUGUUUGCGUUGCGAAACUGUCACUGCAAGGGAUGAAACCUUCUUGGACUUGAGCCUUGACAUAGAGCAAAAUAGUUCUAUCACAAACUGCCUCAAAAACUUUAGCUCAACAGAGACCUUGAAUGCUGAGGACAAGUUCUUCUGUGACAAGUGCUGCAGUUUGCAGGAAGCCCAGAAGAGGAUGAAGAUAAAGAAGCCUCCGCAAAUCCUGGUGAUUCAUCUCAAGCGAUUCAAGUACAUUGAGCAGCUUGGUCGGUAUAAGAAGCUAUCGUAUCGGGUUGUUUUCCCCAUGGAGCUAAAGCUCAGCAGCUCGGUCAAUGAUCCAGACUCCGAGUACUCUCUCUUUGCAGUGGUCGUCCAUGUCGGUGUUGGCCCAAAUCAUGGUCACUACGUGAGCCUCGUCAAGAGCCACAACCACUGGUUGUGCUUUGAUGAUGAGAAUGUGGAGAUGAUUGAUGAGGCCAUGAUGCAGAGCUUCUUUGGAUCAGCACAGGAAUAUUCAAGCAAUACGGAUCAUGGAUAUAUCUUGUUCUAUGAGAGCACCAAUAGAAAGAGUUGAGAGAUCAGAGAAUUUUCUGAGAUUGGAGUAUUUUAUAAAGCUCCGCCCUAGAUACGAGACGAGGUUAGAUGCGAUAAUUUUCAGGGGGUUAUAGUGUACAGUGAUGGGUGGAAAUACGGUCCUUAUGCUGGAGAAGGAAAAAUAAAACAACAAUGUACAUGGUUGUUGAGAUUUUCUCGAAAGAAUUUGUAGCAAAGACACUGUAGAAAGUUGGUAAUAGAAAAUGCAAUUGCAAUUUGAGGAAUUUAGUAUAAUCAUACAGUUGCAGCUGACGAUGAUUAUUAGGAAGCAAAUCCUUCGCAGUACACAGCCCUCUUUAUUAACCUUUGUUGGUCGAUAAUUUGUCAUUUUGAUUGUUGAUUA